UCUCCCCCGGCCUCAUGGCGGGCCCGGGGCCACUGAGGAGGAAGGUCCCGGCCGCCGGACUGCGGGGCAGCAGGCACCAGUGAAAUCCCAUUCUCUGGCUGGAGACACAGAUGGCCUCAAAUGAGAGAGAUGCUAUAUCGUGGUACCAAAAGAAGAUUGGAGCAUAUGAUCAGCAGAUAUGGGAAAAGUCAAUCGAACAGACUCAGAUUAAGGGCUUCAAAAACAAACCAAAAAAGAUGGGUCACAUAAAACCAGACUUGAUUGACGUGGACUUAAUCAGAGGCUCAACAUUUGCCAAAGCCAAACCUGAAAUUCCAUGGACAUCUCUGACUCGAAAGGGGCUUGUUCGAGUUGUCUUUUUCCCGUUGUUCAGCAAUUGGUGGAUUCAGGUUACCUCUUUAAGAAUCUUUGUUUGGCUGCUACUGCUUUACCUCAUGCAAGGCCUUUUCAAUCUUUUCUUCUGUGUGACCUUUGAAUAUUGGAUUACCUCAAGAUUGGAUCCUGGAUUCUCUUCUCUAGUUAUAGCACUCGUGUUAUAUUUUAUGAUGCCUAUUGUGAAUGUAAGCGAAGUACUUGGACCCUUGUGCCUUAUGUUACUCAUGGGAACUGUCCACUGUCAAAUUGUGUCCACUCAGAUAACAAGGCCAUCGGGAAACAAUGGAAAUCGGAGAAGAAGAAAAUUACGAAAAACUGUAAAUGGUGACGGGAGCCGAGAAAAUGGAAAUAACUCCUCUGAUAAAGUCAGAGGAGUAGAAACUUUGGAAUCUAUACCCUUUAUUGGUGGAUUUUGGGACAGUCUCUUUGGCAACAGGAUUAAAAGAGUGAAAUUAAUAUGUAACAAAGGAACUGAAACUGAUAAUGACCCAAGUUGUCUGCAUCCUAUCAUUAAGAAGAGACAAUGUCGACCAGAGAUUAGAAUGUGGCAAACAAAAGAGAAAGCAAAAUUUUCAGAUGGAGAAAAGUGCCAUAGGGAGGCUUUUAGGCAUCUGGGUAAUGGGAUUUCAGAUGAUCUGUCAAGCGAGGAGGACGGUGAAGCCCGGACACAGAUGAUGAUGUUGCGCAGGAGUGUGGAAGGGGCCUCAAGUGACAACGGCUGUGAAGUUAAGAAUAGAAAGUCAAUACUUUCUAGGCACCUAAACACUCAGGUAAAGAAAACCACCACCAAGUGGUGUCACAUUGCACGGGAUUCAGAUAGUCUGGCUGAAUCAGAGUUUGAAUCUGCAGCCUUCAGUCAGGGCUCUAGGUCUGGCAUGAGUGGUGGCUCUCGAAGCCUGACCAUGUCCAGAAGAGACUCAGAAAGCACCCGCCAUGACUCAGAGACCGAGGAUAUGCUAUGGGACGACCUGCUGCAUGGCCCAGAGUGCCGGUCAUCUGUCACCAGUGACAGUGAGGGGGCCCAUGUGAACACCCUCCAUUCAGGGACCAAACGUGAUCCCAAAGAAGAUGUUUUUCAGCAGAACCACUUAUUCUGGCUUCAGAACUCAAGUCCUGCCUCUGAUCGAGUUAGUGCAAUAAUCUGGGAAGGGAAUGAGUGCAAAAAGAUGGAUAUGUCUGUGUUGGAAAUAAGUGGCAUCAUCAUGAGCAGGGUUAAUGCAUAUCAGCAAGGAGUAGGUUAUCAGAUGCUGGGAAAUGUCGUCACCAUUGGAUUAGCAUUUUUCCCUUUUUUACAUCGACUUUUCCGUGAGAAGAGUUUUGACCAGCUAAAGUCUAUUUCAGCUGAGGAGAUCAUGACUCUCUUUUGUGGGGCACCACCUGUUACACCUAUUAUUAUUUUGUCUAUGAUUAAUUUUUUUGAAAGAUUGUGUCUUACUUGGAUUUUUUUUUUCAUGAUGUGUGUGGCGGAAAGAACAUAUAAACAGAGAUUUUUAUUUGCAAAACUCUUCAGCCAUAUUACUUCUGCCAGGAAGGCUAGGAAAUAUGAAAUACCUCAUUUCAGACUUAAAAAGGUGGAGAACAUUAAGAUAUGGUUAUCACUGCGCUCCUUUCUCAAGAGACGGGGUCCACAGCGCUCAGUUGAUGUCGUCGUAUCUUCAGUCUUCUUACUGACACUUUCCAUUGCUUUCAUUUGUUGUGCCCAGGUUCUGCAAGGGCAUAAAACUUUCCUGAAUGAUGCUUAUAAUUGGGAGUUUUUGAUCUGGGAAACAGCUUUACUACUUUUCUUACUGCGUCUGGCCUCAUUGGGGUCUGAAACCAAUAAGAAAUACAGCAAUGUUUCAAUAUUACUUACGGAACAGAUUAAUUUAUAUCUUAAGAUGGAAAAAAAGCCUAAUAAGAAAGAACAGCUCACUCUAGUAAAUAAUGUAUUAAAGCUGUCCACCAAGUUAUUGAAAGAGCUGGACACACCGUUUAGACUCUAUGGACUGACAAUGAAUCCCUUAAUCUACAAUAUCACACGAGUAGUUAUCCUUUCUGCUGUCUCAGGUGUUAUAAGUGAUCUUCUAGGAUUUAAUAUAAGACUGUGGAAAAUUAAGUCAUAAGCUGAGUCAUGUGCCUGGACUCUCCCCUUGUUGGCACCGGUACUUACCCAUUAAGGAAGGAGACGGCUGCAGAAACCCUGAGAUACCUACCUGCUUGUUCACACACAGAGUAGUGAUGUUUUGGAGUUUCAUUUUUAAACCGGGCCUGGGCCAUCACCAGUAGCUGUUAGAAGAGGCAACCGCCAUCUUUAAUGACGAGCUAACAAUCCCUUCUUCUGCAAGGACUCAAAUAUUUCUCUCUGUAAACAUGCAGCAUGCUAUUGAGAAUAUCAACUUCCAAGCCAAACCUAGUUUUUUCGUUACUGUGGAAUUAUCUGAGACGGAUACAAAACACGUGAUACAGUAGAUAACUUGGCACAGAUAUAAAGUGAGUUGUGACCACACUGUGUGCACAUCAGCAUGGACACUCACGGCGACGGGCCGGGGCACCCGAGCCGGGCAUGUCGGAUGAGCGCGCGGGAGGGCAGCCAGCCGGGGGACGGUUGGUUCUUAGCAGUCCUGAAGGCCCUUCAUGCAGCCUGGGUAACUUGAUGUUCAAAGUAAAAUGUGUGUGUUUCAGAAUUUCUGAAAAAAGAAAAAAUGACUUUUGUUUUUGAAAAAUGCUGCUUUUUAGAAAGGAAAAAUUACGACUUGUUUUUCUUUGUUUUAUACCAAAGGUCACAGCCGUUUCUCGGCCACACCAGUAGUGCCUGUGGCUUUAUUUGCACUUGGCACCUUCCAGGGCCCUGGAGUGAUUGGUGUUUUCCUAACGGGAGAAGCGCUCUCAGGUUGGAACCCUCCACCCUCUCUGUUUUUGUCGGCUGCCUCUUGUUCUUUUCCUCGGGGGUCUUCCAUUUUGUUUAAAACCAUCCUUUCUUCAGGGUCCUGCUUCAGCUUUUCUGAUUUUUUGACAUUUUCUCCUGUUUUCUCCUUGCUAGAACUUGUCUCUCCCACGGUGGCCUUCUUUCCUUCUUCUUGCUCAGACUCUGGCCUACUAGCAGUGUUACUAGUCUUUUUGGGCGGAAGAGACUUUUCAUCCGUUCUCUUGCUUCUUUUCUCUGGGGACCUUGUCCUGUUUUUCCCAGACUGGCUCUGCUUUGUGUCUUUCCUGGCAGCACCUGAUCCUUCCCUGCCGUCCGAGAUCUGCUCAGCACCGUCUCUAGCGCGGCCCCCUCCUCUCUGACUCUCAGACUCUAGUCCUCUGGCUUCAGUAUUUGGUCGGCCUUUGCUGCCUUCAGUCUUUUGCUGCUUCUUUGGGCUUGAAGAUCGUCCUCUGCUUUUUCCACAGUGAUCCUGCCCAGAACCUGCCCUGGUGCCGGUCUGACCACUUUUACUGUCCCCUUUCCUGGGGCUGAGGGACCGAUCUCUGGGUCUUCUCUUGGGGUCAGUGGUGGGAGGACUGGGAAUCUUGUCCGAACGUUCUUCUGCAUGUCGGCUGGCCGGCUUCCUGGGACUAGCAGAUCUACCUCUUUGUGUAACGCCAGUUUCUACUUUUAAGAGAUUUUUCUUGUCACCAUGCCCAUGACUGCCGGGUGGAUCCCUUUUAUUCACAUUUUUCUGGAGAAAAGAGUGCUGCUUUUUAUCAGGCUGAUUUUCAUUUAAAGUGCUUUUCUUUUCAGGCACACCGCCCUUUAAUUCCUCUGUCUUUUCACAUAUCUGAGCUCUCAUUAAAGAUUCUUCAGUUACUGGCAUGGGGGACCCCUCAAAUACGGAAGCAGAAUGUGACGCUGGGGGAAAUGGUGACUGCUCAUCAUAAAUCACAUUUGAAGACGAAGGAUUAUUAUUAAUAUCCCAAUCACCUACAAAAAGUGAUUUGAGGGGAACAUUAUUAAAUUUUAGAAUUACAACAAAUAGGGACAGCAAGUUUUGAACUUUGACAGCCAUUCGAAUUGUACUGACUGCUUAAAUAGCCUGAGUAUGAAUAUUUCAUAAAUAAAAUUUAUGUAUGUUACCAUCUC